AUGGUACUGGAUGAAAGAGGAAAGCUAUGGCCUGCGUCACAUCUUCAAGAUGAAUGCAUCUACGGUUAUGAAAAUGGCGAGCCUUCAACCAGCGGCCAAAACACACUUUUUGAAGUUUGUUCUAUGAACACACCUUUCCCUAUAGAUGAUACAGAUUCAGAUAUUAUUGAGGAUUCCCUAGAUGAACCUAAACAUUCUACUGAUAAUAAAAAAGUGUACACCAUCUUAAAGAAUGUGUCCUCUGGCCAAAAUUACAAAGACUUUUCUUCGGGUAGUGAUAAUGUUUUCGUUCCGGAAAGCCCUUUAAGCUCUAGCUCUAGCAGUAUAAGAGAACAAUCCGACAGAACAAGGCAAGAGGACCAUAUCCCUACUAGGAACCAACACGAAAGUGAAGAUUUGGAAGAAAAUAAUAAGUCAAGAAAACGUAAGAUAUUCCCACCCAAAGAAAAUAAGUCAAAGAAACGCUCCCGAAAUGAACUGUCAUGGAAGAAAAAGUCUGCAGCUGUAGCUAGAGCAAAGGGAGAAGAAUAUAUGUCUUAUAAAGGAGUGAAAGUUCCGAAGAAAACCAUCCAGGAAGGGAUUUUAUGCCACGAGAAGUACAGACUUAAAUGCUCUAGUAAGUUCUCACUGGAAGAUAGGCAAUCUAUUUUAAACAGCUAUUAUUCAUUAGAUUCUAAUAGUAAAAAUGCCUUAUUGUUCAGCAGCAUUGUAAGUAAACCUGUAGCAAGACAAUGCAGUAACGCUAGAAAGCAUAAAUCUGCUUCUUACAAGUAUUACGUAAAAAAACAAGCAAGUACUCAAGAAAUAUGCAAGUUAGGAUUGUGUAGAAUAUACCAAAUAGGUCGCAAAAAAAUUGAUCUCAUAAAGGAUAUUAAAAAUGAACUUUCAGUUCCCAAACCAGAUCGGAGAGGACGACAUCAAAGUCGUCCACACAAAAUGGACGAUGACGUUGUCCAAUGCAUUAAGGCACAUAUUGCGAGCUUUCCAGCGGAACAGUCUCAUUACUCAAGAAAUAAAAAUAUAUACAAACUCUAUCUGUCACCGCUGCUCAAUGUUACCAAGAUGCAUGCAUGGUUUGUAUUUGGAAAUGUGUCAAAAUGA